UCUAAUUGCAGAGUUGAGUUGUUGUGGCCCUGUGGCCCGUGGGGGUAAACUCCGUGUCUUUGAAUUUUCAGUCUUCAGUCGGAGAGGAUGAGCGAAUAGGAAGGGGAUCAUAUUCUGAUAUUCAUGCUUCUCUGGAAGUAAAAGCUUCAAAAAUCCUCAUCAAUGGAGGCUCCGGCCGCUGCAGCAUCGCCGUCGGUAACAUUCUACGAUUUUCUGGAUCGAAUGCGUAACCCCGCCUCCCUCGAUCUCGUCCGAUCCAUCAAAAGCUUCAUAGUAUCGUUUUCGUUUUACACGGCCAACCCUGAGAAUGAUGGCAAAAGGGUGCAAGAGUUCUUCUUGACAAUGGAGGCUGCUAUUAGGGAACAUUCUUUGUGGGCAGGUGCUACCGAUGAAGAAAUUGACUCUGCAUUGGAGGGUCUGGAGAAAUAUGUGAUGACAAAGUUGUUCUCGCGGACAUUUGCUUCUGUUCCAGAGGAUUCCAAGAUUGAUCGUGAAAUCUCGGAGAAGAUUGGCUUGUUGCAAACCUUCUUGAAGCCGGAGCAUUUAGAUAUACCGGCAGUACUUCGCAACGAAGCUUCGUGGCUGCUUGCAGAGAAAGAAUUGCAGAAAAUCAACUCUUUCAAAGCUCCUCGUGAGAAGCUUUUGUGUAUCAUGAGUUGUUGUAGGGUCAUCAACAAUUUGUUGCUCAAUGCAUCGAUGUCAGAAAAUCAUGUACUAGCAGGGCUUGAUGACUUUCUUCCUGUCCUUAUAUAUGUUACGAUCAAGGCCAAUCCUCCACAGUUGCACUCUAACCUCAAAUUCAUCCAAUUGUACCGGAGGCAGGCCAAACUUGUCUCAGAAGCAGCUUAUUAUUUUACCAAUCUUGUGUCAGCCAAGACAUUUGUUGUUGAUUUAAGUGCUAAAUCUCUUUCGAUGGAUGAAAUGAAAUUUGAGGAGAGCAUGCAAGCAGCAAGAUUAACCAAUAAAGCAACACAAAUAGAAGCCUCACCCACAUUGCAAGGUCAAACAAUUCCUAUUCCUCCAACAGCAAUGCACGAUAAAAAUAAAGAUAUAAGUGCAGAUAUGCAAAUGCCUUCGAUUGCAAUAGGUGGAUCAAAUUAUCCUUACAUGGACACACAGGCCGGUGAAUUGACAGUCGGAGAUGUGGAGAGAUUGCUGGGUCUGUACAAGGAUGUAGUCACAAAGUAUAGGAAUCUGUGCACGGCUGUUAGACAGAACCACAUCUCUGUGUCCAAGACAGAACAACCUGUUCCUCAUUCUGAAGGAACGAGUUUUUUGCCUAAACAGCCAGAAGGAAUAAAUACAAAAAUUGAUAUUCAAAGAGAAGACUAACAAGG